AUGGGUUCAACUGACAGUUUUGGCAAUUACCCGACGCCGUCGUUUGAGCGGCGCGGUCGACGAUGCGCUAUAAAUGCGCCGAUUAAACCCGCUAACGAUGAAACCAACCACGCAUUUAACGCAGCAUUAGCCGAAAAAGAAGAAAAAGAGCCAAAUGUGCAGCUUGAUGUUAUUGAGGACAUUGUGCGGCCAUCCACAAAUCACGAAGAAGCCAAAGUCGCCAUGAAAACACAGCAAAAGACAAAACCGUGUAACCCCAAAGUUGAGAUUACGGUAAUUGUCACCAAAGAAGAGAAGAGUCAAAAAACAGAAGAUGCCGAUGACCGACCUCCGACAAAUAUUAGUGUUGGGAUGGAGCGGGACCACACCGAACUACCGUCAGACUAUAGCAACUAUGGUGAAAGCGAACUAUUUGACAGAGAAGCGGAACAAACUAAAAAAGAGCGGGACAUUGAGAAAAAAGCCCGCCUUGGUGUCAGGAUUAAUCGUUUUCACGUAGUGGCUAAAAUGAUGAAAAACAACGUCAUGUGGUCCAAAGAACUAAACAAUCGCGAAAAACAAGAGGAAAGCAAGAAGUCGUUCGUUGUGCAAGCCCCUGAACAUGGCGAUGAAAAAACCCUGACAUUUAACGUGAAUGCCUUCCAGGCAUCUGUCCAGUCUUUCCGUGGAUUGACACAGCGAGCCAAGUCUUUGUUUAAAAUCAAUUCAUGGAAUCGGUCCGACGACGAUGCGAAUUACCUGUAUAAAAUAAUACAUAGACAAAAGUAUUUCGAUAAGUACCCAGUCAUUGUGCAGAAAGAACUAGCCCGUGUAUUGUAUUAUGAGACCUUUGAAAGUGGGAGGAAAGUAGUCCAACAAGGCCAGCCAGGACUGUCGUUUUAUUUCAUCGUUUCUGGCACUGUCACCUUGGAAGUGGGUGAACAUGACAAUGUUACAGGAGAAAGUCACAGACAAAUUACGGGUGAACUUGGCCCUGGUUCAUCUUUUGGGGAGUUAGCUCUUCUUCACGACUCGAAACGAACGGCUACGGUCAUAUGCAAAGGUGACUGUGAAUUUUUACGUGUAGAUAAACAAGACUUCGACAUGGUUCUCAAGAUAAGUCACCAGCGUGCGUGGGAGGAAAGGCGGGCAAUUAUUGACACCCUCGAACCAUUCGAAAACUGGUCAGACGUCGGCAAACGUGCCGCGUGCGACAAAUCAAAGCUGCUGGAUUUUGCGAAUAAUAGCGUCAUCACGAGCAACCUAAAGACAUCCCCAGAAAAUGUAUAUUUCGUUAUUUCCGGGAAAUGCAGAAUCAUACGAGAAAUGACUUUAUUGCGUACAGAGCUGUCUAACAAAAGACACAAUCUAACACUGGCGCCGUCCGACACUGAAGAAAUUGUCCGACCUAAGUCAUUAUUCCCGAAUAUACAUCAAAACCAAGAAAAACACUUCAUACAUGUAAGCACCUUUGGACAAGGACGGUAUUUUGGAGUCGGAGAAGAUCUGAGUAACAUCCAUAUAACAGCGUACGGUAAAGUGCAGUGUUUAUUGGUGAAUGCAGUGGUGUUUAAAAAACACGGAACACAUAAGUGUCUGGCAGAUAUGAGAGAAACGGCUGAGAUGUAUUUACCUGGGAGGCAACAAGUCUUCGAAAGUUACAUGACAGAAAAACGAUGGACACUCUACAAAAAGAGGCUUAUACAAGAUUUGCUGGAUACAAAGAAAAAUUCCUAUCCUAUGGGUAAUGUGUGCAGCUGUAAAAUAGACUUAGGCGAUAUGGGACCAGGAAAAGGUCGUGGACGCAGAGGAAGUCACCCACACGGCGGACCACCAGGACAAAUACCUGGGUCGCCAGGACGGGGAAAAAAGAAAGGUCACCAUAAACAUUGA